UACUACAAUCACAACACCUCAUACCUCUUCUGCAAAACCACUCUUCUCUCUACUCAACAACUACAAGAAGAACUAGUACUAUUACUCCUAACCCUAGCAGGUUUAAGAGAAACCCUAAACCCCAGCAACAACAACAACAACAACAACAUUCAUCGCCAUUAUCAUCGACACAAGUGCCCAAUAUCGAGAUAGAAAAAGGGCUAAAUCAGGAAGAACAAGUAUCGAAGAUCACUGAUUGGGCAAGGCCGAGUGAGAUUCCAUGGCAAGCAAAGGUUGCUAAUUCGGUUAAUUUGAUCGGCCAUGUUCAGAUUCCUGUUCAGUUCGAAGCUUCACCAGAUGGAAAGUACUGGGCUGGUACUAUUAUCUCCCAACGGGACGGUGACUCUUCGGAUUCUCCACCUUUUUGGAUUCCAAUUAUUUUUGAAGGUGAUCUAGCACAUAUUGCGGCCUGCCAUCUAAAAGAAAAAGAUUUUGUUUAUAUAGAUGGACAGCUAAGUGCAGACCCACCUCCAUUCACUAUGAGUCAAGGCCAAGCAAAUGUCCAGGUUAUGGUGCGUAGCAUAAACUUUGUGCAGUGGUCUUCUCAGAAGAAGAUAGCCUUUGCACCACACAAACUUGAGAAGUUGGAUAAUAAUGGCACUGCAAGCAUGAAGGAUGAAGUGUCUGUCAACCAGUUAUGGAAGGAUCUUUUUGCUAAGCCCCAUGAGUGGUGGGACAUCAGGUUGAAAAAGGGCAAUUCAAUGGCUGCGGCCUUUGAAAACAAGGAUAAUGGCCAGUUACUCUGGAUUAAUGAGUCUACUCCAGAGUGGAUUCAAAAGAAAUUAGAUUGUUUGACAUUUGAUCCUAAAAUUGCCCCCAAAAGCCAUAAAAGUGUUAGUGACAUAAAAGAUGAUGGAGAUCCUGUAUCAAAUUCUUGGAGGGACCUUGUAAGAAAUCCAAAAAACUGGAAGGAUCACCGUAAGAAUAAGCUCAACAAUUUGCUGAAACCAAAGCAUCCAGAUUUUAAACACAAGGAUAGUGGUGUUCCUCUCUGGCUUAACACAGCUCCCAAAUGGGUAUUGUCAGGACUUGAUGGAUUAGAGUUUGAUGUUCCACUUUUGAAUGUGAAACAAGCAAAGGGGUCUAAAGGGGAUGAUUCAUGGAAGAACUUGGUGGAAAAUCCUGAUAAAUGGUGGGACAACAGAACAGAUAAGAUCAAAGAAAGGGCUCCUGAUUUUAAACACAAAGAUACAGGUGAAGCACUAUGGCUAAAUAACUGCCCAGCUUGGCUAUUAUCUAGGUUGCCUCCUUUGAAAUCUAAACACACAGCCACCAUUGGUCUGAUGAGUAAACAGCUAUCUUAACGAGGGAGAGAGAGAGAAACCACUACCCACAGAAAGAGAGAUGAUAAAUUGUGUAUGGUAGUUUUAGUUUCUAAUCUAACAUGAUUUUUUAGUUUCUAAUACUGCUUGGUAUGUACUAAAAUUUAGGAGUUGAAUUUUAUCAAGCUGUUUGAUAUGUACAAAAAGUUCAAAUUUAUUAAUUUCUUAAUUUUACA